AGAUGUAGCUUCUGUGUUGCCAUUUAUUUUGCAGAAACCAGCGGGAUCAGUGCUCUUCUUUGUCUCACUCACACAGACAAUGCAAAAACAGAGAAAGCAUAGGCUUGUCACAGAGAGUAGUAUUAGUAAACACAAGUGUUAGAUUUGUUGUGUGUAAAUGGCGGGAAACGAAUGGAUAAACAGUUACCUUGAGGCGAUCCUGGACGUGGGUCCCCCUAUCAAUGAUCCAAAAUCGUCUCUCUUGUUAAGGGAAAGAGGUCGUUUCAGUCCAGCUCGUUAUUUCGUUGAGGAAGUCAUCACUGGUUUCGAUGAAACCGAUCUUCAUCGCUCUUGGGUUCGCGCUUCAUCAAUUCGGGAUUCACAGGAGAGGAAUACAAGAUUGGAAAAUAUGUGCUGGAGGAUUUGGAAUUUGACUCGCAAGAAGAAACAGCUUGAAGGGGAAGAAGCUCAGCGUGUGGCGAAAAGGCAUCGUGAACGUGAAAGGGCACGGAGAGAAGCAACUGUUGACAUGUCAGACUUAUCAGAUGGAGAAAAGGUAGACAUUGUUGGUGACCUCUCAACUCAUGGUGAUAGUGUCCGAGGUAGAAUGUCCAGGGUCAGCUCUGUGGAUGCGAUGGCAAAUUGGGCUAAUCAAUACACGGAAAAGAAACUUUACAUUGUGUUAAUCAGUCUUCAUGGCUUGAUAAGGGGAGAAAACAUGGAGCUUGGUCGGGAUUCUGACACUGGUGGCCAAGUCAAGUAUGUUGUGGAAUUAGCCAGAGCUUUAGGCAUGAUGCCUGGAGUUUAUCGUGUUGAUCUGUUGACCAGACAAGUGUCAGCACCUGAUGUAGAUUGGACCUAUGGUGAACCAACAGAAAUGAUAAACCUAACAGACUCUUUAGAUGCCAUGCCUGAAGUAGGGGAAAGUGGCGGUGCCUACAUCAUCCGCAUACCAUUUGGUCCAAAAGAUAAAUAUAUCCCGAAAGAGUUACUUUGGCCUCAUAUUCCUGAAUUUGUUGAUGGUGCCCUGGGUCACAUCGUCCAGAUGUCGAAGGUUCUAGGAGAGCAAACUGGUAGUGGGCAGCCACUCUGGCCUGUUGCUAUCCAUGGACACUAUGCAGAUGCCGGUGAAUCUGCUGCUCUUCUGUCAGGGGCUUUAAAUGUACCGAUGGUUUUGACUGGCCAUUCACUUGGACGAGACAAGCUGGAACAACUACUAAAGCAAGGACGACAACCAAAAGAGGAGAUAAAUGCAACUUACAAAAUAAUGCGGCGCAUAGAGGCUGAAGAGUUGUCUCUUGAUGUAUCCGAGAUGAUAAUUACUAGUACACGGCAGGAGAUAGAAGAACAAUGGAAUCUCUAUGAUGGAUUUGAUCCAAAAUUAGAACGCAAACUCAGGGCAAGAAGUAAACGCAGUGUGAGUUGCUACGGCAGAUUUAUGCCUCGCGCAAUGGUGAUUCCUCCAGGAAUGGAAUUUCAUCAUAUUAUUCCACUCGAAGGUGACAUGGAUGGAGAAGUCGAAGGAAAUGAACAUAAUGUUGGGAGUGCAGAUCCACCCAUUUGGUUGGAGAUAAUGCGCUUCUUUACCAAUCCACACAAGCCUAUGAUACUUGCUCUUGCGAGGCCUGACCCAAAGAAAAACUUAAUCACAUUAGUCAAGGCAUUUGGAGAGUGCCGACAAUUGAGAGAGCUCGCAAACCUUACGUUAGUGAUGGGAAAUCGUGAUGUAAUUGAUGAAAUGUCCAGUACAAAUUCAUCUGUCCUUGUUUCAAUAAUUAAACUGAUUGACAAGUAUGACUUAUAUGGUCAAGUUGCAUAUCCUAAGCAUCACAAGCAAUCUGAUGUUCCUGAGAUAUAUCGUCUGGCUGCAAAGUCAAAGGGGGUUUUCAUCAAUCCAGCUUUCAUUGAACCAUUUGGACUCACUCUGAUUGAGGCAGCAGCUCAUGGUCUGCCCAUGGUUGCCACAAAAAAUGGUGGUCCAGUUGACAUUCAUCGGGUGCUUGACAAUGGUUUGUUAGUUGACCCCCAUGAUCAACAUUCUGUUGCUGAUGCACUUUUGAAGUUAGUAGCUGAUAAGCAGCUUUGGGCAAGAUGUAGGGACAAUGGAUUGCGUAAUAUACACCUCUUCUCAUGGCCAGAGCACUGCAAGACGUAUUUAUCGCGAGUGAUGUUUUGCAAACAAAGGCAGCCGAAAUGGAAACGAAAUGAGGAUGAAUGCUCCGAUUCAGAACCAGAUUCACCUGAAGAUUCCUUGAGAGACAUUAAAGAUCUGUCUUUAAGCUUGAAACUCUCAUUGGACGGGGAUAAAAAUGAAAAGAGUGGUACUUCAGUGACUGCCCUAGAUUUUGUGGAAAAUGCCACAAAAGAGAAGAGUCAAUUGGAUAGAAUGGUCUCAACACUUCCAGUAACUAAGUCCAUGGAGAAAUCCGAGCAAAGUAAGUUUCAACUGUCAAGGAGAAGGAAGCUAAUUGUUAUUGCGGCAGAUUGUGAUACCCCAGCUGGUUUAGCUGAUGUUACCAAAACAAUUAUUGAGACUGUCAAGAAGGAUAAGAAUACAUCAUCCAUUGGUUUUAUCUUGUCAACAGCCUUGACCAUUAGUGAGGUGCAGUCAAUUUUGGAGUUGUCCAAGUUUAAACCACACGACUUUGAUGCUUAUAUCUGCAAUAGUGGCGGGGAGGUUUAUUAUCCUUGUUCAAGUUCCGAGGAGAAAUAUUCGGGGCCUUCUUUUACCGUAGAUUCAGAUUAUCAAACUCACAUUGAUUAUCGUUGGGGUGGAGAAGAUCUGAGGAAAACUAUUAUUCGUUGGGCAGAUUCUCUAAAUGACAAAGUUAAAAACAAAGCUGAGAUAGCUAUAAAGGAGAUUGACUCAGCAUCUGCGCACUGUUUUUCUUUCAGAAUAAAUGAUCAAUCAUUAGUUCCUCCUGUGAAGGAAGUUAGGAGAUUACUGAGAAUUCAGGCGCUAAGAUGCCAUGCAAUAUAUUGCCAAAGCGGUAGCAGGUUGAAUGUCAUCCCUGUUCUUGCUUCAAGAUCACAAGCACUCAGGUACAUGUUCAUUCGAUGGGGCAUAAACUUGUCAAAUCUUGUGGUUUUUGCCGGAGAAAGUGGAGACACGGAUUAUGAAUUCUUGGUCGGAGGAGUACAUAAAACAGUGGUGUUAAAUGGAGUUUGCAGUGAUGCUUCUAAAGUUCAUUCAAACAGGAACUACCCUCUUGAGCAUGUUUUGCCAGCCAUGAAUUCUAACAUUGUUGAAUGUGGAAGUUGCAGCAAGGAAGAUAUUAGUGUAGCGCUAAAUAAUCUUGGUUUUUCUAAGGAGUAGAUGAAUAUUUUAAUUCAAAUGUCUUGGUUGCUGUGUGUGGUGGCGGAGCCAGGAUUUCCGCUGAGGAGGUUAAAGAAACAUGCUAAAUAGUGUUGACAAAUGAGUUUGUACCAGAUUUCAAGCUAAAACAGUGAAAAAUGUUGGUAGUCAGAUUCAAAUCUGUGCACCUACUAGUUUCUGAACCCGACAGCCGCUGAACCAAGCCCCUUGUGUUGAGUGGGUUCAAUAUUAAAUAUAUAGACUUAAAUUACAGAUUUAUCCUAUAUACACUGUAAUUUUUUUUAUCCUGAACUCCUCCCCUGGCUGUGCGAUGUUA